UUAAGGUUUGUAUUAUAGUUAAAAAAUAUAUAUAUAAUGUAUUAUUUUUCAUGCUCUAUAUUACUGAGAUGGACAUGAGUACUAGAUUAAAAUUGUAUUCAGAAUAUUGACUUUUUUCUUUUUUCUUUCAAAACACUAAAGAAAAUUAUUUGUUCCAUAGUUUACGUAAUGGCGCCUGGACAGAAACGUUAGGACUGCAUUGCCCUCUUGUGGACCAAAUGUUGGCAGCAAAUGGCAGCAAAAACAGCAGCUUUUAGUUAAAAAAGAAAAAAAAAAAACCUAAAAGAGCCAAAGGUUUUGGUGACUGAGGUUAAGGUAGGCAUAGCAUUAAUUAACUGCAUUUGUAAUUAUAUCAGUGGAAAGUCCUCACAAGGACGUGUGUGUGUGUUUCUGGGCCUGUGAAGGAUAGGGUUGCAUACAUAUGGGCUGAAUCUACAUUAGAACAUCACCAUGGCCACAAAGAAUCUGAAGACUCUCUGCUCUACAGAAUGAAGCCCAGAUGCAUGGCCACGUGCAGAAUGCGGCCAGACGUCAUCACUGUCAUUACUACACACCUUUAUAGAUUCAUAGUAGUUGAAAAAUAUUUAAUAAAAAUGAAUAAGUGAAUAACAAGGAAGUUUAGGGGUUAAAGCAGAUAGUCUGUAAAUUGAGACCCAUAUUGAUAACGCAGCAUGCAGUCAUGCUUAGCGUCACCUGGUUUUGUUUAUUUGAAUAUACUGCGUGUUUAGCAAACACCACUGCAUUUUUAAUUGUGUGAUUCUAUUAGUUAUGCAUGACUCUCUGUUAUGCCAUGUGUUGUUUUUUCCACACAUUUUGUUAGAGUAGAUUUUCCAUAAAUAAUCAUAGCUCUUGUACAAUACUGGACAGAUAAGGUGAACGAAACAAACACAAAAUGGCAUUAAGAAAUUAUCCUGAGGUUGCUAGCACUCAAAUCUGUGUUUUCAGCUUCCUUUGUAACCUUAGAGCCUUCUAUGUUAUGCUUUGGAAAGGGGAGGGAAUGGAGAGAGAAUCCCUGGUUGGUCCAUGUGCUGAGGACUUCUGCUUUAGAGCAAGCUGAGCCCUGUGCCAUCAGUCGAGCGUUUCCUGUUUCUGACAAGCACGGUGCACUGCUGCACGUUAGAGGCCCAUAUUUUAUCAAAGUGGAACACACACAAACGUGCACAGCGCGCCCUGCAGAGGAAAACAUGCUAUCACUUUACAGAUACACAGCCACACAGAGGAUGUUCUGAUGGACUCCUAGUCUUCGAUAUUCCCUAGGUCAGGCAUGUCUGUGGUCAUGGGGUCCUUCCUCACAAUGGAUAUCUGACCCUGGACCCUUCCAGGUGGUGGGCGCAGAAGCAAGAAAAGUGGAUCUUCACCUGUUGUUUAAAUGCUUAAUAUCAGGCUUUGCUGCUGAGGUAGAAUGGUUUUAUUUUUGGGAUCUCAUGGAGCCUCAUCUACAGUGAUGCAGCCUGAGGAGCCUGUGCGUCAGGAACUGCAGUUUUAUUAUGUGGGUGACCACACGUGGGCCACUAUGUUGGGGCAGAGCGUGAAGCUGCACCCGGUGGCCAUUCAGAGCCUGUCAGAACUGGAGCGAGCCCGGUUACGGGAGGUGGCCCUCUAUCACCUGGAGGAGAGAGACCUGGACUUCAAGAUCAGCAUUCCCAAAGAGAAUCGCAAGAUGAGGAAGUCACUAAGAAGAAAGUUUGAUUCCUUUUCCAAAGAGAAGAAAGAAAGAGAAACGGCCCCCAAGGCAUUUGGGAUUCCUCUCUCACAGGUGAUCGCUAACGAUCGGGCCUAUAAACAGCGACAGGAUGCUCUGAAGGAGAGCCGUCGGGAUUGUCUGGAGCUGGAGGCCAGCGUCAUGCACUUCCGUGCUGAAAAACGGCAGCAGAUUAGAAACCGGCCCCUGGUCAGCACAGCCUCAACCUCCGGCGAUGCAUCCUCAUCGCUGCUGGAGCUCCACAGCAAGCCGCUUUCUCCAACAUUCCUGGACAACAGCUCACGCAGCCACAGACGGGGAGGAUUGUCAGUGGACUCCAUCUCGGACCUGGUAGAAAGUCAGUCCAGGCUGCUGGAGGCGCUGCAGCUCUCUCAUCCUAAUGAAUUGGACAUCAAGAAGACGCCAGCGGGCCGCACACAGACUAAGCUGAGUCUAAACCCCAUUUACAGACAGGUGCCACGUGUCAUGGAGCGCUGCUGCCAGCACAUACACACAUACGGGUUGCAGACGGUGGGGAUUUUCCGAGUAGGAAGCUCCAAAAAGAGAGUCCGCCAACUGCGUGAGGACUUUGACAGUGGAACAGAUGUUGUACUGGAUGAUGAACACAGUGUUCAUGACGUGGCAGCACUAUUGAAGGAGUUCCUAAGGGACAUGCCUGACCCAUUGCUGCCCAGAGAGCUCUACUGCGCCUUUCUGCAUGCUAACAAUUUGUGGGGCGCUGAUCAAUUGACGUACCUGCAGCAGCUGUUGUACCUGUUGCCUCCGUGUAACUGUGACACUCUGCUGAGGCUGCUGAGUUUAUUACACACAGUUCAGGAGCAUGCUCAUGACUCCAUCGGGCCUGACCAGCAGGAGAUCCCAGGUAAUAAGAUGACAGCAGGUAACUUGGCUGUGAUUUUUGGGCCCAACCUGCUGCAGAAGGAGAAAGGGUCCGAGAAAGACCUGAAACCUGAGGCGAUGGGCAUCGAGGACAGUGCUGCCAUCAUCUCAGUCACCCUGCUCUUCAUCCAGCACUACAAGUAUCUCUUCAUGGUUUCAGCAGAGCUCCAGCAGGAGGUGCUUAUGAGUCUCAUUCAGACUGAUCCAGACGUCAUCGACUACCUGCUACGCAGGAAACUCAGUGGCAGCAGUGUGACGGUGGAGCCAGAUUUGGGACUACGCAGGGACACUCAGACGUCUCUGGACUCCGUGGGUCAGUCCAGUGAUGACAUGUCACCUAUCGAGCCUAUGUCCCCUUUGUUUGGAGACUCAGCUGGCGGAAGCUGUCUAAGCAGUGAGAUUUUUUUCAACACACUACGUCUCAGCACCAACAGCAAACACUCUUCAGACACUACACCGAAGUCCAUAGCCAAGAUGCGUCAGUUCCAUUCCCAUCACAACCUGUUGAGUCUUACUCAGCCGUCCACCCAGCUCCAGCCUGAUGAGCGAGAGCGGCAGGGGCACACGGGGCUGCCCAAUCCAGUCGAGGGGCUGCAGUUCAAACUCCAGCCGCAGGAAGACACCUCCCAGCCCCAGAGCUUGAAAGAAAGGAGUGUGUGGGUGCGACAGGGCUCCAAUGCCUCCUCCACCUCAGAAGACAGCAAGCAGCCAAGCAACUUCUGGGACUUUUUCACUGGCAAGAUGAUCCAGAAAGCCUUCUCUCCUAAACCUCUUCAGCGACCAGACUCUAUGUGCAAAAAGUUGAGCGGGAAACAAUGGCAAGGUGAACUUUUUUUAGAGAUCAUAUAAGAAUUUUUCUACCAUUCACAGUUUUUUUUUAAACUUUGGGAGAAUUAUUUUGUGUAAGAGUGGAGUGGCACAGUCAGCAGAGAUGAACACAGAUGGCGCAGUAGCACACUGAACCACAAAGAGGCGACAGUUACCCAAAAACCUCUCUGUCUGCUGAUGGGUGAAAAGAGAAUGUACGAGGCGCACCCCAAGUGCGUAAUCCUAUAAAAACUGUCUUUAUCGAUACACAAAUAAAAGUAUCAUGCUGUUAAAUCAUCUGAUGAUACAACAUACUGUACUGACACUAUAUCAAUAAAUAUAAUCCUUUAUCAGCAAUGUAAACGUGGCUAAUGGACUUUUUUGAGAAAACUCAAACUGUUGCUUAUUCUCCAAUACAAUACACACACUUCAAAGUAGUUGAUGUCUUUUUUUUUUUUGCUUUUAUUGGGAACCAACACCAUCUUUCAUUUAGUCCAUACACUUCAAAUCUCAGUCUUUAACCAUUUUUUUUUUUUUACAAUCUGUACAUUGUCAAAAGUGCAACAUUGACGGGCAGUGGUUUGGGGUGUGGGCGGUCACAUGACUCACAGAACUCCGGUGCUGCAUUACACAGGCUUGCGCUUGACAUUUGCAAUCUGGCUUUUAAAGCAAAA